CAGUUGUGUGCGAGAGCUGUUUUCAAUUUUAUUUUGUGCUUUUGUUUAAGCUUUAAAAUUCGAUUUUAGCUUCAAUAAAUAAACAAUAACAAACUAAAUGUACGAUAAUCUUUAGGUUGAAAUUUCGAAAAUAAACAGAAAAAUCAAGACAAAUUUUAGUUUUGCACUUUAAAGUAGGUAAAGUUCAUUCUUCUACUCAAAACAACAAAAAGACAGUAAGAAUUAAAAAGUUAUUGCUAUAGUUAGCAAAAUUUUACAAAAAGUGUGUAAUUAUGUGCAGUAUAAAAAUUGUAUUUGUAAUAAAAAGUUUGCAGAAAAAAGGUUACAGAUCAUACAGAACUGGUUUGCAUUUUGAUAUGGGUGAAUAAAACGCAUCGGAAAACGUAUCUGAAAGUUAUAGUAGCUAUAUCAACGAAUGUAUAUUUAACGGGGUUAAUGAUUCCAUUUAUUUAAAUAAGGGCUGCAUUGGUUUUGUUGACCUUCCAAAUCUUUCAAUGCUUGAAGAUUAAAAAGUUGAAGUGUAUGCGUGUAUAUUUGAAUUGUAAUGUUUAUACAAUGAUAAAUAAACAUCAACUAUAGAUGAUGUGCCAUGCCGAUUAAGUUUGUCAUAUUUGUCAAGCUACUUUGUGAGUGUUUGUCACCGUGAGAACCACACCGGAUAUUCUGUCUGCCUAGACGGUUUUGUUGAAGAACUCUGGAAUGUGAUUUCCCUUGUUACAAAAAAAGGACUAGAAAGUUAAAAGUCAUGAUAUCUUACUACAAAUUUAAAUAUUAGCCUUUAGUGUGUUAAUCAAAGUUUUACAUAGUUCAUGUUUUAAGGAACACUUUUGAUAGAAACAUAGUUUAAGGCAACUACAAUAUUGACAAUCAUGGUGAAAAUAAAUGAAAAACUGCUUCCAAUCAAGGCCCAUUACUUCUUUUUUAUGGCUGCAAUGGGACCCAUUCUUCCUCAAAUAUCUGUUUAUGGUAAACAGUUAGGAGUGGAGCCGGAAAUAAUGGGUUACAUCACAUCAGUUCUUCCAAUAAUGUAUGUUUUGGCGAAGCCUGUAGUCGGUUUUUUGGCAGAUUAUUUUGCUAAUUUUCGAAAAUGCAUAUUUAUAUCACUAAUUUUUAUAAUGACAUUAUCCUUUGCUGGUUUUUAUUUUGUUCCAGCUACAAAUAACCACUCAAUAAAUGUUAGUGAGCAGUUUAACUUAACAUUAACUGCAAACGAUCUCAGGGAAUGUGGUUCCGAGGUUUUCGACAAUAAUGCGGAGUGUAAAACGACACGCCGUCUUCUAUGUAACGCAAAAGAAGUUGAUCUUACAACAAUACCGUUGUAUAUAACUCGUGCAACUAAUGAUUCAACUUCCAACAACACAAUGCUGAAUGAAAACAUUUUUCAUGACGUUUGCCAUAAAUCAGGCAAUCUUUCAACAUUCAACAAAGUUCAAGCUACCUGUAAAAUUGACCAUCUUGAUUCCCCCCACUGUCUCUACAAAAGUUCGACUUUUUGGAUUUUUGUCAUCCUUUUGUGUCUCGGAACUAUCGGCUUUAAUGUAACUAACUCAAUCAGUGAUGCAAUUUGCUUUGAUGUUCUUGAAGGAGAUGACAUGCAGUACGGAGGCCAAAGAGUUUGGGGUACAAUUGGAUUCGGCUUCACCGCUCUGUUAGCUGGAAUCUUUGUUGACAUUUGGACUGUUGAAACUGUUAAAAGUUUUAUUCCAGCUCUGGUGGUUAUGCUUGUGUUUAGUGGGUUUGAUCUCCUCAGUGUGACGAAGCUAAAGUUGCCAAACUUCUCAUCAUCGGACACCAUCUUUCAAGACAUUUGGAAUUUGCUAUCAAAAAAAUCGAUUGCAAUUUUUUUGGUCUUCACAACAAUCGCUGGAAUUAUUGAUUCUUUCAUAAUUUAUUUCAUGUUUUGGCAUCUCGAAGACGUUGCUCUAGAAACAGGCUACAUGGAGCAAAUAAAACUUAUCGAAGGAUGUGUAGUUGCGGCUGAAUGUCUCUGUGGAGAAAUUCCAAUCUUUCUAUUUAGCGGAAAGAUUUUGAAAAAAAUUGGAUAUGUGCACUGUCUGAGCUUGUGCUUCUUUACGUACUUUAUAAGACUCGGAUUGAUUUCUUUGAUAGUAAAUCCAUGGUGGUUGGUACCGAUUGAGAUGGUGAUGCAAGGUUGUACCUAUGCUUUGUGUUAUACUUGUAUUGUAGCUUAUGCAUCAGCUGUAGCACCAGCCGGAACAUCAGCCACAGUUCAGGGCUUAGUAGCAGGAAUGGAUGAUGGAUUAGGGUUUGCUAUUGGUUCACUUAUCGGGGGACAACUAUACAAACGCUUUGGAGGACGAAGAAGCUUCCAGAUGUUUUCUGGAGUGGCCUUGGUAACCUGCUUUGCACAUAUACUCAUUCGACCUGCUGCAAAACACAAGCAGUACCUACCAAAAGCUGAAUACCAACUUCCCGUUGAAAUGAAGGACAUGCAAAAAUCGUAAAUGUACUACAUUUAAAUGUUUAUUAAACAUGGUCAAAAAAUUAGAUACUGCUUGUAGUUUUGUAAACAAUUUACGCAUUAUAUAUUAAUCAAGAAUCAAUGUACAUUAUGUAUGGGGAUGUGUACAUAGCAGAAAAAUUAUAUUUUAUACACAGAUAACUUUUUUUUGUAAACAAAUAAAUACAAAAGUAACUAUAAAGACUUAUUGAGAAGGAAAAACUACAUAGCUUUAAUAUGACGUUAUUAAUUAUUGUGUAAAAAAUAAAACAUUUUGUACGGGCCAAACAUUUUUUACAUUUAUAAUAGGUACAUAAAGGGAUGUAUGGGUGUUAUAAUUAAGCUAGUAUCUUAAAUAAAUGUAUUGCUUGCAAAGGUAACAAUAUGAUAGAUAGUUAAAGUGUAUUAAUUUGUAAGUAAUUUUAAAUUUCAGUCCAAAAUUAUGAACUUACCUACCAAACUUCAUCUAACACAUAAAUUAAAGUAAAACUAUUGUUAUAUUUAUUAUAAGAAAUUUAUAAAAAUAAGAAUGCAACAUUUCAUUUAAAAACUAUGACCUUUAUUUUUAAGAAGCAAAAUAAAAUUUUAAACAACAGUCAAAAUAGACAAGA